AGGAGCUUUACGAGUAAAUCUGCAGUAACAUCCUGCUUGUUUACACAAUGACUGACAGAGUCUUAAGCAACUUGGACAAACUUCUGCUUCAGUGUGUUUUCCAUCUGGAACAAACCUCUUAUGCUAAGGAACAUAUGAAGGAAGAGAUAAACUCAUACACAGUAAAAAUUACGGAAAAAAAGAAUGAAAUUGCUAUGUUGCAGGAGAAGAUAAAAAGCAGUAAUGAUGAACUUGUUCAGUUGCACAAGCAAAAUGAGAAUAGUAAGGACAGCUAUAAUGAUUGGAAACCCACUUACAUAUUUCUUAGCGAAUAUGAAGAAUACCUGAAAAAAGAACUCAAAGAUGAAGAAGAAGCUACAGAAAAUGAGAAGAAAAUGUACCAGGAUUACAUAACCCAAUACAAAGAGAUUUUGAAGCAACAUCGUGAAAAAUAUUCAGAAAUGCCACUUGCACAGGAGUAUUACAGAAAAAAGAAAGAGCUUGAAGAAAUUCAAAACAGAAUUUYGCAAGAGUCUGAACAAUACAAAUUGCAAGAAGAUGCUUACUUGGAUAUUGAGCCUAUGAAUUUUAAGUCGCUUAAUGAUUGGGCUAUACAGAUUGCUUCUCUGAGGCAGAAAACACAGGAAAUGUUAAAGCAUGCUGCAAUUGCUGCUCAAGAAUCAGUUGAAUUAGAAAAAGAAACAGAAGAAUUAGAAAGGAAAAUUAAUUAUUUAAAAAGGACCUUUGAGGAGAGUUCAGGAGAUCAAAAUAAUUCAGAAAUGAUGGAAAGAACAAAUAAAAAAAGUCUAGAGAAGCCAAAGGGGUUUCAAGAAAGGGUAUUUGAAGAGAGUGACCAUCCACCUUUGUUAAAUGAGAAACAUAAACUGUAUAAACCAUUACAUCUCCCUUGCAUUCCUCGGAAAUCAGUCCGGUCUGUACAGAUUAUUAGAUUUUCUAUGCAACGGACAGAAACAGGCAGAGAAGAAAAAGAAGAGUCCAGGGAACACUCAGUGGUCCCUAGCAGCUCCUCCAGCCAAGCAGAAGAUCAGGCACAGUUGGUUAUUGGCAGUGCAGGGACUAACAGUCCACAAAUUGCUGAAGUUUCAUCAAUAUCAACCUUGCAAAACCAAAUACAAUACAGGCCGCUAAUUCCUCCAAAGCAGAUGACUCCUAAUCAACAGUUUGAAAGUGAAGAUACAGUAGUAGCAAACCAAGAGACCAAAUGUGAUGAUAAAGAAGCAGAAGAUGAGUCAAAGGACACUUCAUAUAUGCCUGAAGAUGUAAAUGUAUGUUUUAAGUCAAAUGAGGAUAAUCCUGACACAGCAGAAGAAAGUGAGGAGCAUUUUCUAAGAGCACCUGAAACACCUGUGUUUGUAAGAACACCUGAGUCAAAGGAGAAGAAAACCCAGUUCUCUAAAACACCUCCGUUUGACUUCAUCCAUAAUUUAGGUUCUGAAGAAACAACACCAAAAUCUCCUGCUUUCUUUUCUCUCCUAAACUUUCCCCAGAAGUCACCUGGCUUUAAUUUGUUUGAAACUUCUGUGUUUGGAUCAGAAAAUUCAUCUGAUGAGGCAGGUGAAGGUUAUUCUGCAGGAAACUUAAACCCUAUAUCCCCACAAAAAGAUAUUGGAAGCUUAUUUGGAAAAACAGAAAAUGAAGAUGCGUUUACCUUUCCUUUCCCCUCGGAAUCGUCUUCUCAUGCAUUUGGAGAUGGAAAAGAUGACUUUAGUUUUACAUUUGCAUUUGGACAGGAUCAGAGAUCAUCACAGUCUCCUUCUUUGAAAGGUUUUCAUUCUUCCUUACAAAAUACAAAGCCAUUUACAUUCUUUUGAAUACCUUUGACUUCCUUGUAAAUUCUUUUGCUACUUAGCCUUGACAAAUGUUUUCAGUUUAAGUUAAAGUACAAGGCAUUUUAUCUUCUCUUUUCAUUUCUUUUAAGAAUACAUUAUUGCAGUUGCUGCAAGAGCAUAUGUUCAUCAAGCACACAUGCUUUGAGAUGCAGCUGUUAUUUUUCAUGCUUAUUUUCUAAAUAUGUUGUUUUCAUAAAGUGUUAUGAUAUGUUCUCCCUAAAUUGGCACUUACAAGCAGCAGAAAUAUCAUUUUAUAAUAGCAUAUAGAGUUGUUUAAAUAUCUGUGAGAAAGCAUUUAAGCUUCUAAGUGAGUMCUUUCAGUCUUCAAUAUAAAAUAAAUAGCUUAU